AUGGCUAUUAGAGUUGGUGAGAGAUAUAGAGUUGGGAGAGUAAUUGGUUAAGGAAGCUUUUGCAAUGUUAAAUUAGGUUAUGAUACUUAAAAUGAAGAUAAGGAAGUGACAAUUAAAUUAGAAGAAAAAAAAUCUCCUCAUUUACAGUUGCUAUUUGAAGCUAAGGUUUACAGAAUUUUAUAAGGCGGAUUAGGAAUACCAAAUGUCCACUGGUUUGGAUAAGAAGGUGAUUUUAAUAUUAUGGUGAUGGAUAACUUAGGUCCUAGUUUAGAAGAUUUAUUUAAUUAUUGCAAUAGAAAGUUUUCUUUAAAGACUGUGCUAAUGAUUGCUGAUUAAAUGAUUGAAAGAAUCGAAUAUUUACAUACAAACAAUUUUAUACAUAGAGAUUUAAAGCCAUCUGAUUUUUUAAUUGGAUUAGGGAAAUAAGCAGAUAUUAUAUAUUUAAUUGAUUAUGGAUUAGCUAAAAAAUUUAGAGAUGCUCGUACUACUCUUCAUAUUCCUUACUAAUCUGCAAAAUCACUUACUGGAACUGCCAGAUUCAGUUCUAUCAAUACACAUCUUGAAAUAGAGUAAAGCAGAAGAGAUGAUUUAGAAAGCAUUGGCUACUGUCUUGUUUAUUUUUUGAAAGGAAGUCUUCCUUGGAUAGGAAUUAAGGCAGAGAGUAGAAUAGAGAAAUAUUAAAAAAUAGCCGAUAAAAAGAUAUCUACUCCUAUUGAGGUGCUUUGCGAAGAUCUACCAGAGGAGUUUAUAACCUAUCUUAAAUACUGCAGAAGUCUCAAAUUUGAAGAAAAACCUGACUACGUUUUGAUCAGAAGAAUAUUUAAAGACCUCUUCUUUAGAUGUGAAUAUAAAUGGAAUACAAUUUUUGAUUGGGCAGAAGUUGCAGUUAAUUAAGAAAAAGAAGAAUACGAAGCACUCAGACAGGACGUUUUAUUAAAGGAGCAUGAAGAUUAAUAAAAUUAAUGA